UCUCGGCUUGCCUGUCGCAUCCACCCUCCGAUUCAUCGGCAUCUCCUCGAUCGCUGCCCUUGUCUGUGACGACAUCUCAACCGUCUCUCACCAGCGUCCACCGGACCGGACUCCUCUGGCCUUGACAUCAGCAGCUUCUUUCUCGUGAACGGCCCACGAGUCGAGGCUCUUUCUAUGGUACCUGACCGACUACCACACCUUCCUCCUGCACGCGUACACGAGAGAUUACCUCGUCCCGUUACGACAACAAAAAACAACAAUCCGGCGUCUACCGAACACACAGCCCGGCCCUUCGAAUAUAAAUAAAUCCUUACCGAGUAGAGACGGACUGAUCGACAUCAUCACUACUGAGUCCGACUCAAGACCGGAUCCCAUUUGGACUGGCGUCUCUCUCACAAUAAAUCUCGAAACACAUUCCUGACCAUGGAUCCAAAUGCCACCAACGUCAUGUUCGAUUCGCCUUCAUCGGAGGAUCAUCAGCAGCAGCAACAACAACAUCACCGAUCUCAACUCCGACGUCACACGUCUCUUCAAUACUCAGCAUCCUCGUCGGCGAUCCUUCGAUCCUCCAACUCACUCCAUGCAGUCAAGGCCAUGAUCGCUGAUCAGAAAUCCUUCCUCCCACAGCGACAUUCUUCGGAUCACCGCCUAUCGCUCGGUCGAUCGAAAUCUCGCGCGAAUGUGCUUGUGACGCCCGAGGAGUACGAAUCUCUUCCGCCAUCGAUACAGAAAAAAUACUUCUCAUCGGUUGAAAGACUGCGCAUCGCUCAAGAGUCCGCCGCACAGAAGCGACGGAGACAAGUCCCUGGUGGAGAACCACGGUCGUACUCACGAGGUUCCAUGGAACAGAACUCGACUUCCUUCGAUUCACACCGGCAUGCCGAUGGCCUUGACGACAUGACGCAGGCCUUGCGAUUCUUGGCCCUGCCGGAAAAGGUCAAGCGAUCACAUCUCUCGAUCGAUGAGCUACAUGCCCUCGCCGAAAAUUGCGAGCGUGCAUUAGCAUCGCCGACCGCUACCAAACCGACAGACGAACUCUUUCAGAGAGCCUCCUCAUCAUCGGACCGUAGAACUGGCAGCGUAAUGUCUUCCGCAUACGGACGUUCAUCUCGAUGGGACGACGACGGUCAUUCUAUAGAAAAGGAUGUCUUCGGCCUUGAUUUUGAAGUUGACGCCAGCCAGCACGACAUCACCUCUUCCGACAUUGACUCUAACACCACUGCCGUCAACAUCGACAACGACGACGCCGAAACCAUGUACAAGCUUUACCCACACAAUCGCCAAGGCUCGGUCAGCUCAAUUUACAGCGCACUCCCUCCCGUCUCAUCACCCAAAGAUGCUACUUUCCGUCCGGAUUCCUCCCGCCGGUCAUUCUCACGGAAACAAGUCAUGUCGUUGGCGCCUCUCCCUCUGCCGCCGCCAUGCUUGACGCCUGCCGUCCCGCCUCUCCCCUCGCCCAACACCAUGCGUACGUUGCAGAGUGCUGGUGCUCGCGUCUCGGAAUCACCGCCUUCGGUUCGAAGCGGCAACUCCUCACCACAAGCUGCCACCAAGUACUACAAGGAUGUUCGUGCUCGACAGAAGCUUCGAGAUUAUCUCUCCUCUCCGGAAGGUUUCGAUGAGGCUCUCGAGUUUGGCUUCCCGCGUGAACGUGUCGAGCCUGGACGGCCGAUCAUCGUCCAAGAUGCCAGCCGAGACAUCAGCAGCGAUGAGGAUUCUACAGGGCGAUCGAACGAGCAUCGGAGUCAUGACGAUCGCCACAACAGUGGCCUCGUGGAUGAUACGGGUGACGACACCGACACUGCGACGGAUUCACUCCACUCCCCUCGGACGCCUUCUUACUUCGAUGACCACUUCGAGCACACUUCUUCCUCACACGAUUCCGGAAUCGCCCUCUCGUGCAACUCCGCCCACCACGCAACAAGCCCUCCGACGAGCAAGAGCUCGAGCGGGUCCUACCGCCCCGCCAUCCGCAGCCUCUCCCCCGACAUCGACGGCCGUCAGAUGACCCUCCGCAUGACCCUCACCCGCCCAGACCUCCGCGCACCGGAGGAAGACCUCUACGCCAAACUCUCCUCCACCACCAACACCACCACCAAACUCCAAUCCCGCCGCUUCGUCCUCGUCCCGCAGUCCCAACCCACGACCUUCCCACCCCGCGUCGCCCCCGGCAGCAAUCCCCUCCCCCGGGUCGAAAACCGCGAGAACCUCGACCCGCUCGCCCUCGAAGCGCUCCCCGUCUGUGACGACCAUUCGGGCGCCCACGGGGCCUUUGCCGUGCCGUACCACCACCACCCCUAUCACACCGCGCUCCCGCCGUCGACGAGGCACCUCCGCUCCUGCUCCUCCGAGACGGGAUUCCGGAGGGUGUGGAAGACGCUCCGGAGUCGGUCGUGAGGAAAGACGGGGAUAAAACACGAUUGCGGGAGUGGGUGGGGAGGCGGCGAGAGUUUUGUCUGGCACAUGCUCUUCUCUUCCUCCUUCUUCUUUGGACCCCAACGACGAGCUCGAACAUCGACGAGGAAAUUUCCUAUUCUCCCCACCGCCGGGAGAUAUUCCGCCAUCUUUUCCGUUUUCAUCUCUUCGCCUCCGCGGAAAAGGCGUGGAAAGGGCCGCGAGAUCCAACUACUCUACUCACUACUUUUUAUUUCCUUUUACCCUUCGA